AUGCUUCCAAUAGUUAAGAAAGUUAGCGGCUUUUACAACGCUUAUGUUCUUGGCGUUCUGACAGUUGGCUAUAUACUCGGCGAAUUGGGACAUUACCUCAUCGGUGUAACCUCAAAGCAGACUGCCAUCGAGUUGGAUUAUGGUGAUAAGGCUUGCCAACAAAAUAAUACCAGAUUCACACGACACGAAUUGCCAAAGCAAUGUUCGCUGGUAAAAGAAGAAGAUAGUUGUCUUGCUUUGACAUAUAAUGAAACUGCAUACUGUGAGUGGAAUUACAAUGGUCUGGGUAUUGAUUAUCAAAUACUUGCUGGUCCCACCUUCAUAUUGGUUUUCACAAUUGCUGGUGUUUUUAUGGGUUUCGCUGCAGAUAAAUAUAAUCGCGUUAAAAUGUUAACAGUUUGUACAUUGAUUUUUGCAGUAGCCAUUAUAUUACAAGGUACCGUAGAAGCGUACUGGCAGCUGUUGCUGUUGCGUAUGGUCAUGGCGUUGGGUGAAUCCGGUUGCAACCCACUGGCUACAGGCAUUAUGUCCGACAUUUUUCCCGAAAAUAAGCGCGCCCUUGUUAUGGCCAUUUUCAACUGGGGCAUCUAUGGUGGUUAUGGCAUUGCUUUUCCCGUGGGUCGUUAUAUUACCAAAUCGAAUUUCUUCAACCUUGGCUGGCGUAUGUGCUAUUUGGGCACUGGUGUUUUGGCUGUAUUGCUGGCCGCACUCACAGGCACCACACUCAAGGAACCAGAACGUAAAGCGAUUGGCGAGGGCGAUCGUACCAAAGAUGGCAAAAAGAUUGGUUUGUGGAAAGUCUUGGCCAAUCCUGCUAUGAUCAUGUUGAUGAUUGCUGCUUCCAUUCGUCACUCUGGCGGCAUGACUUUCGCUUAUAAUGCCGAUUUAUACUACAACACUUAUUUCCCAGAUGUUGAUCUUGGCUGGUGGUUGUUCGCUGUGACCAUUGGUAUUGGUAGUGUUGGUGUAGUUGUUGGUGGUGUUGUUUCUGAUAAAAUUGUCGCUAAGAUGGGCAUAAGAUCACGCGCAUUGGUACUUGCUGUGAGUCAACUGAUUGCCACUUUGCCUGCUUUUGGCUCCGUAUACUAUGAUCCACUAUGGGCUAUGAUUACCUUGGGUUGUAGUUAUUUCUUCGCUGAGAUGUGGUUCGGCAUUGUGUUUGCGAUCGUUGUGGAAAUUGUACCGUUGCAAGUGCGCUCUUCAACAAUUGGCGUAUUCCUAUUUGUGAUGAACAACGUUGGAGGAAAUUUGCCAAUUCUCUUGGAUCCUGUAGCAAAAAUGAUUGGCUUCCGUGAGGCGUUUAUGAUCUUUUAUGCUGGUUUCUAUGGCAUAAGCUCCGUGCUCUUCCUUAUCACCUGCUUCUUACUGGAAGGCAAACCAAAGGAUAACGAUUCUACAACAGCGGUGGGCGAAGAAAAGAUCGAUGGCCUGGAGGCACACACACGUCAAAUGCGUGGUCACGACAAUUCCGUUUUCUCCGUAGACGAAGUGCUGCCGCACAACGGACGGCCAGCGGUAAUUCCACAACAUUUGCAGUUGUCGAGUAACGGUCAAGACAAAUAUACGCCCGUUACACGUGAGAGCAGCAGACUGUAAAGAACGUUUUAAGCCGAACUGCACUGGAAACUAUUUGGACAAUACAUUUACGAAUUUUUCUAAAUCUUUAUGUACCUCAUUCGUAGUGUGUAUUUGUUUUGUUUUAAGUCUAAAAGGCUUGGUUUAUGAGUAUACUUCUAUAAUGUUUUUAAAUUUGAGAAUCGUGAAGAAAGAAACAAACAAUUGUUUAAGAUUGUUGUUAAAUAGUUUAGUUUGUUAAGUCGUUUGACACUGCUUUUUUUGUUUGUUUAAUGUAAAAGAUUCAACGUUUUAUUAAAAUUAUCAUUUAACAGUUACUCGUGUUAGGGCUUACGAGGUCUCUUGAGUAUUUGUCAAAUUUUAUACUUAAUAAAGUUAUUAAUUAGAUUAGUUAAUAGACGUUAAUGUUAUUGCUUUUUAUAGUACUUUACAUAGAUAUGUAUGUACUAAUUAUAUACAAAGAUGUGAAUUUUUACACCAAUGAAAUUAAUAGUUAAAUUAAUUACAAAAAGUAUUUUGUACAUAUCAAAUAAAAUUUGUACUUAAAGUAGUUUUAUAAGCAAUUUAACCAACAAAAA